AUGAGCUCGAGACCCUCUUUGGGCGGCGUCCAACAGCGACAGCCCCAGAGGUCGCUGAGCGGCUCCGGCAUCUCCCAGAGGCCGCCGCACCAGCGCACUCUUUCCCAACAAUACCUACCGCCGUCGCCUAUACGCAAGGAGGCCUUCUCAGACUUCAAUAGCCCCGACUCCGGCGAUGUCGCGCAGAGUAGGAUGGGCAGCCUCCGUCGCGGAGGGUCUCGCCUCAAGCUCGAGCUCUCCCACGAGGUUUCGGACCACACUGUCCUUACCGAAUCGCCCAGCGCGCUCGAAUCGUCGCGAGUCUUUACCCCUUCACGCAUCAUGCCCGCUUCGGAACCCUCCGAGCUCGGCGACAUGAGCCCGCAACCCUCGACACACGGCGAUGUUGAUCCAGGCCGUCUGCCCAUGCCGAAGCGUCGGUCGCGCUUUGCGCGGCCAUCCGAUAAGCCCGCCGCACCAAAGACGACACCGGCCGCGCCAGCAAAGAAAGAUAUGCGCCCCAAAAUCUGGACCGUGGAGGUGCCGCCUGCCGCGCCUCGUUACUCGAAGCCCAGGAAAGGAGACCUCAGGUCCAAGGCUGGAGCGGCGAACUCGGGGAGUAGUUCCGACACCUCUCUGACCGGGCAUGCCGACUUCUUCCCCUGGUCAGGCGGCCACCCGGAGGAUCAAUGGUCAGAAAGUCAUAUCCGAACGGGCUAUUUCGACAAGCCCCCCAGCUCCGGGACGACCGAGACUUCAUCCGCCAAGGCAGCUCUCUUCCCCAUGCUCAAGCACAAGACCGGGCUGCAUAUGCUCUCGUCCAUAUUCACAGGUGUGCUCGGGCAGAGGAGACACAGCGGCCAGAUCAAUCCGACCUCGACGUUCAAACCGCCACCACGAGUGACCGUCACCGAUUCCAAGCGUGAAGGAUGGCUGAAGGACCUGGCCACGCCCACCAUUCCCAUACGCCGCCUUAGCCGCACCAUCCCGCACGGUAUCCGUGGAAAGGUCCUCCUGGAUCAAUGCCUGAACAAAGAGAUACCCACAGAUCGCGCAGUCUGGCUGGCCAAGAACGUCGGUGCGAACGAGCUGAGGGCCUUUAGGCGCAAGGGCGUCAACGGCGCUUUUGCGAUGGGUGGCGAGACGAAAUGGCUCAAGGACUGGACUGGCAGUGUGGAGCAGUUUCUUGAGACUAGGAUAUCAGCCUUUGCAGAGGACGAUUGGAAGGCCAAGGUCAACUAUGCUAUCCGCCUUGCGACCAACCUUUAUGCCGAACACCUCUUAGACCGAGAUCACUACAUUGACUGGCUCGUCUCCAGUCUGGAGAACAGUACCCAGGCGAAGCUUCCUAUGUGGAUUCUUCUUGUUCAAAUAUACCUCAAUGACAUCUUGUCUCUUCGAAGACAUGGUCGCAGGCUGGUCGCCGCCCUGCUGUCGCAUCACGCAACACUCCAGAACAAUCCCGACAAAGAUAUUCUCCAACCACUUGCCUCAAAUCUGUCAUUACUCGUCAACAAGAUCUUGAAGACGAGCCCGCAUAAUUUCGUAUGCCCGUCGAUCUGGCCCAAAUACCGGGAUAGUGUCGAGUCGUCCCUUUUACCCGACGAUGCCCACGUCCACGUGGCUUUCAAGCACGUCAACAACAGGAACGAGCAGGUAGCUGUGGACAGCGUCAGAACAAACCCGGCAGCGCGGAACGUCCUGGUGAGGCUGUUGGACUCCACCUUGCAGUCCCCUAUCUCGAACGAGCUCGCGGCGCAGUGCUGGUCGGUUAGCAAGGACAAGGGAGCGCUUGUCAGGACUGUCUUGGACUGGUGCACGUCUCUCUACAGAUCGGGGAUGGCCAAGGUGUAUGUGGCUGCGCGGCUUCUCACAACUUGGAACAGCCACGGUGUCGAUAUCACCACCGCCAUCCUCGACUUUAUGGGCUCGGAGAAGCCGCUGGAACCCCAGCGCAAGAAGACCGUCUACCAUCUUGUCUCGGAGCUGGUCCGAUCUGGCAACUUCUCGAUCUCACGCUAUGUCGAAUGGCUCAUUGCUCGAGGUGGCUUGCAUAGCGCGGAGGAUGUGGACCCUGAAGCUUGCGUCGACACGCGACUGCUGAUCGAACUUCCAGUCCACUCGAUGAGCGAGUCGUUGAGGACACUGCGAGCUAGUAUGCUUCGCAGGGCAUCUUAUGUGGUUGACGAUGAGUCCCAAGAUUUUGCUUUGGCCAUUGACGCGAUCCAAACUGCGAUAGGUUUCCCCCUUGGGCACGAUAUUCCUAUGGACGGACGGAAGCCGAUGUCGAUACCCAAGCUGUCUAGGCGCAUCGGCAAGAGCAGUCGCGCGCUGAAGACUGAGAUCGCAUCGUGGCUAAGAGAUGCCUUCAACCGAUUGGAUGUCGGCCCUAAAGGGGAGAAGGAAGGGCUCGGUAUUUCACUAUCCCUGUUCGCGGCUGUGCGGUCAAUGCUGGAGGCGGCCGAAGACUACUCGAUGCUGGCCCAGGUGCUGGAGGUUGCCUCUGGGAUGUCGGAUGUCGAUCUCUUGGCUUCUUGCGCCGACACUGUCAGCCUCCAUCUCGAAGUGUUUGCGGCCCUGGGCAAGGCUCAAGACUUGUUUGAUUCUCUACUAGUGCGGUUGAAGAGCCUUGUGGAUGUGCAGGGCCUAGCAGCGCGCCCUCUGCUGGCCGCUCUCGCCAGUCUAGCCCCGCGCCUGCCCGGCCGAGAGGAGCUGGGCACGCAGCUCAACAACGACCUCGUGCGCAGCGACCGAAGCACGAUGGUCGAUGCAUGCUCACCAGUCUCUGAUAAUAUGGCACUGAGGUUGCAGGACGCUGAGAGCGAGCUCCAUGAAGAGAUCGAUAAGCUCUUGAAUAGCGGUACGAGCAUGGACCGAAACACCAUGGAGAGGCUCUUUGGUACCGUCAUUGAGCGGCUGCAGGGAUGCUGGGCCAAGGUCGACGACGAGCGACAGCGGGCGUAUGCCCUCCUUUUGACUCGGUUGCGGCUGUUUGAUAUGCAGCAUUUUGACAAUCUCAUGUCCAAGUGGCUAUGCAUGGUGCGAACAUCAGUGGAAAGACCACCGCUUCUGCACAUCUUCCCGCUCCUCGUCACUACGGGCUGCCUCGGACUGCCUCUAAUUCUGGCCAGUGCAUCCGACCGCAGCCCAGCCAUCAGCGCCGUCAGCAGGGGACCCUCAGGCACUGUGGGCCCGUCCAUCGUGCAGAGUACCUGGAAGACGCGAUACGUUCAAGGGGUUCUUCAGCUCCUAGGCCAGCCACUUCCACACCACCCAAUGCUCAGCGACGAGGAGUGCUACCGCUACUCCGUCAUACAAAGCCAGGCAGGCAAGACAUAUCUCAAGGAGCUGCUCAUUCUGUUCCGAACCGCCCUGGCCGAGUAUUCUCUCUGCAAACAGCACGGCGGCACAGAUCUCCCUCUCGACGAGCCACAGACCCUCAACAGGUUAUUGGAGCACCUCAAGGCUUUGGCCGUGAUGGAUUCGACGUCUGUCUCUCGAGCCCUCACCGCGAGGAGCACGGACCCGGCAGUUGCUGCGUACCUAGAGGAACUUACGACGAAGCUACUCAUCCCCAAUUGCUCGGAAGGGGAGCACAUCUCGUUCGAAAAGGUUCUCGAGCUCACCAACGAGUUCACAUUGCCGUUCUGCCAGCUUAAGCUUGUCGCGAGCCUGGGGUCUGGUGAUGCCAACAAUGCAGACGGGUCUGAGAGCGGCCAAUCUCACCUGGAGAUGUUUGCGAACGCCAUGGACAACGCCAUCGAAGCCAAGAACAUUACAUGGACCGGCAUGCUAUCCUGCCUGAGUCCUGAGAUCACCCAGCACCUGAAGAAUCGAGCUCAGGCCCGAUUCUUCGACGUCAUCCCCUCCAUGAAGAGCUCCCCCCCGCAGGAGAGGACUCUGGAGCGGAGUGUGCAGAUGGCCGAAAACCUCCUUGCCGUCAUCGAUGCCAUUGUACGAGAGGGGUCUAUGGGGCGACCGCCGCAGCUCAUCGCAGCGAUGGCAGACAAGCUGGCUGACAUGUGGGAGAUCUUGUCCACGGGCGACGUCGCCUCCAAGAAGGCUGUCGUCAAGCACUGGCUUCCGCUGCUCCUGACUUUUACGACCCUUCACACGGCGACUUUUGACACAUCCAAGGCAAGCAACGAGGUCCGCGGCAGGAUGCUCCUCAUCUUCUCCGGCAUCCUCCAGGAACUCGAUGUGCUGCCCCCAGACGCCGAGCUGGACCACUCACUCAAGGAGCGCGUGUUUGACCUCGGGCUCGUGCUCGUGGACAACCUGGCCGAGGACACCCGCCUGCAGUGCGUGCGUGUCCUGCGCGAUUCGACGAGCGACCAGAGGACCCAGUACAUAUUCUCGUUUGCGUCGCCGCCGUGGGACCAUCUCAUGCUCUCUCACCGCGACAGGCCCGGAUCUGUGGCUUCAACAGCUGCUGCCGCUGCUGCUGCCGCUGCUGCUGCCGCCGCCGCCGCCGCGGCAGCGAACAAUAACAAUAGUAAUAGUGGUAGCCAGAGCCAGACACCCUCGCAGCCCACGCCAGCGCCGCCCCCGCGAUACAUGGGCAUGGGCGUCUGGAGCCAGCAGCAGCCGGAGAGGCUGUCCAAAUUUGUGUAUAGACAGUGGGACGUCAUCAGCGACCCGAACCCGAACAUUGGGGAGAACGACUCGAGCUUGAACCUGAGUCUUUUCGAGGCGAUUAAGCUUCAGUGA